AUGGUUUCACCAUUAGGUGGAAUCCCACAACACAGAACAGCUCAUUUCUUGAAACCCAUUGUUUCUUCUCCUGAUGGUCCACCAUUAAAGCUACCUUCACUUCCUUUCUCCUCUGAAUCUGAAUGGCCUUUAAAAGUCUCCUUCAAUGGCUGGAGGCUUCCUCAAAACAAAUGGAAAAAAUGGGUUGAAAGUAUGAAAUCUGUUCAUUACUCUGUAUGGAAAGCUGCUGGUAUUCAUGAAGCCAUUAUAGGUUCAGUAUACAAAAUCCAUAGUUAUAAAGAUUUGAUUUUUGGAAUGACAGAAAGGUGGUGCUGUGAGACUAAUACUUUUAUAUUUCCUUGGGGUGAAGCUAGUAUUACUCUUGAAGAUAUGAUGAUUUUGGGAGGGUUUUCUGUUUUGGGUGGCACUGUUUCAUUGCAGCCUCUUCAGUCCCCUGAGUUGGUGGAAAUUCAAGAAAAUCUUGAAAAAGCACGAAAGGAACUUAUCAGAAUGAAGACUGAUAAUCAUAAUGGGUGGUUGAAACAUUUCAUGAAUAGUGGACACAGGUUUGAACAUGAAGCUUUUCUUUCUCUUUGGUUAUCUAGAUUUGUGUUUCCAGGAAAUGAAUAUGAUAAAAUAGGUAUACAUGUUUUUCCAAUAGCUGUCAACCUUGCUAAAGGUACGCGACUAGCACUUGCUCCUGCUGUUCUUGCAAGCAUAUAUAGGGACUUGAGUUUGUUGAAACAGACUAUGAUGAUCGCUUCUUCAUCAUAUGAGGAAAAUAAAGGAAAUGUUGGAGAUAGUGUUGACAUUCUAGCGAUUACUCUUUGGGCGCCGUUGUUGUUUGUUCAAGUUUGGGCUUGGGAGAGGUUACUACCUUUGCGGCCAGAGCAGGCUCGCAAAUGUUGUAUGGCUAGUGGGGUGAGAAUAGGACGAUGGCAUAAUGUGAAACAAUUGGAUGUGAUUAGUGUGAGGAAUAUUAUCGAUUCUUCUGGAGAGACAUUUCUGUGGAGGCCAUAUGCCUUGGCUUCUGUGGGAGGUUGGUCAGUUCCUAAGUUUUACAAGGAAAGAUCAGAAGAGUGGACAAUAAUUGAAGGGCAAAAUGUGGAACAAGAACUGGAGUCUUUCGUUCAAUGCUUGAGGGUAUCUGAGCUAGUCGGGUUGGAUUGUCAAGAGCCUUAUCAACCACAUCGUGUAGCUAUGCAGUUUGGAUAUGACCAAGACUUCCCUAAAUGGAUUCCUCGCUCGUGUUCAUGUCCACAAGUUGCCUGGUACAACUAUAGCAGACCCAUUGAUUCUGAUUUGAGGCUAUACUAUCCAUCUAGGUUGUCUGAAUCGGAUAUCACUGCCCAGUAUUCGAGAUGGUGGAGAAAAGAAGUAUUAUUUCUAGCUGUUGCAUUCAAAGGAGUGUUGCGUGGACAAAGGAGUAAAAGAAGAUCAAGACGACUUUCUAGCCUUUAUGCUCCUCCUGCUUUUGCUCCUAAGUUAAAACAUGUGAAAGUUGCAACUGACUAUAACUUAAAAAAAGCACAAGUGGAGAAUUACCCUGAUGUUCCCCCUGGUUUUUCAUCCAAAUGUGGUGAGGUAAAUAACAAGAAGCAUAUAUCGAUGAUGGAAAAGAAAGUAAUAGUGGAGAAUUUCCCUGAUGUUCCCCCUGGUUUUCCACCCAAAUGUGGUGAGAUAAAUGACAAGAAGCAUAUAUCGAUGAUGGAAAAGAAAGUAAAAGUGGAGAAUUUCCCCGAUGUUCCCAUUGGUUUUCCUCCCAAAUGUGGGGAAGUAAAGAAUAUUUCUAUGGGGAUUUCACAGAUAAUGGCUUUCAAUGGGAAUACUGCAGAAGAAAGAAGUUACACAUUACCUGACUAUGCACAUGAAAGGAACAAGACUAAUAGUGCAGCUCAAAUUCUGACUACCAACAAGCAGAGAAGUGGGGAAAGAACUAGCUGUGUUGAUAUUAACUUGCUUAGUUUAACGGAAUUAGAAGCUCGUCUUGGCCGGGUUGAGCGACUAGUUGCUUCACACAAGAGUAGCUAG